UUAUGGCUUCCAUUGCCUAUAGUUUUUGCAGACCGAACUUCUUUGUUCUUUCUCUCUUCUCUGCUUUUUAAAUUCUCAUUAUUAUCUCUUACAUUCUCUCUUCCCAAUUCAAACUAAAGUCUCGCCAGUCCUUAAUGAGAUUCCGCAUUUGAACUAUAUAAAAGUCUCCAUCACAUAACCAGAGAAAUUAUUAAGAAGAUGAGUAGAAGAUUUUCCAUCUUCUAUGUUGUUUUACUUCUCUUCUUUGGAUCAACUUCUCUGUUUUCUCGGGUCACCGGUGACCUAGCCGGCGACAGACAAGCUCUUCUCGACUUCCGCAACAACAUCGUUCACCCACGGUCUCUAGCGUGGAACGCAAGCAGCCCGGUAUGCACCACGUGGCCAGGGGUCACAUGCGACAGAGACGGCACACGUGUCACUGCCCUUCACUUGCCCGGAGCAAGUCUUCUAGGAGUGAUCCCGCCGCGAACUAUCAGCCGUCUAUCGGAGCUUCAGAUCCUCAGUCUCCGAUCCAACGGCCUACGAGGACCGUUCCCAAUUGAUUUCUUGCAGCUUAAGAAACUCAAAGCAAUUAGUCUCAGCAACAACAGAUUCUCUGGCCCAUUACCGUCCGAUUACGCCACGUGGACGAAUCUCACCGUUCUUGAUCUGUCCGGUAACAGGUUUAACGGUAGCAUUCCCGCGGGAUUUGCUAAUCUUACCGGACUCGUCUCACUUAACCUAGCUAAAAACUCAUUUUCCGGUGAGAUUCCGGAUCUUAAUCUCCCCGGUCUACACAGACUUAACUUUUCCAACAACAAUCUCACCGGAUCAAUCCCAAAUUCUCUGAAAAGAUUCGGGAACUCGGCUUUUUCCGGCAACAACUUAGUUUACGAAAAUGCCCCUCCUCCGGUGAUUCCUAAAGAGAAAGAGAAAGAAAAAAAGGGGAUCUAUAUAUCCGAACCCGCGAUUCUCGGGAUAGCGAUUAGCGUUUGCUUCGUGAUAUUCUUUGUAAUCGCGGUUCUGAUAAUCGUUUGCUAUGUUAAAAGACAGAAGAAACGAGAGACAGAGACAGAACCAAAACCAGAGAAGUUGAAACCAGCGCAGAAGAUGCCAAGUGAGAAGGAAGUUUCUAAAUUAGGAAAAGAGCAGAAUAUAGAAGACAUGGAGGAUAAGAGCGAAAUUAACAAAGUAAUGUUUUUUGAAGGAAGCAAUCUAGCUUUUAACUUGGAAGACCUUUUGAUAGCUUCUGCAGAGUUUCUAGGGAAGGGCACUUUCGGGAUGACGUAUAAGGCGGUUCUAGAAGAUUCCAAGGUCAUCGCGGUUAAGAGGUUGAAGGACAUAGUAGUGUCCCGGAAGGAUUUUAAACAUCAAAUGGAGAUUGUAGGAAACAUUAAGCACGAGAACGUUGCUCCCUUAAGGGCUUACGUGUGUUCCAAGGAAGAGAAGCUUAUGGUGUAUGAUUACUACUCUGAUGGCAGUCUUUCUCUUCGUCUUCAUGGCAAGAACACCGACGAGGGCCAUGUCCCGUUGAACUGGGAAACACGAUUGAGAUUCAUGAUCGGAGUAGCAAAAGGAUUAGGUCACUUACACAUACAGAAGCUCGCACAUGGAAACAUCAAAUCUUCUAACGUCUUCAUGAACUCGGAAGGAUAUGGAUGUAUAUCGGAAGCCGGUUUACCUCUGUUAACCAACCCGGUUGUGAGGGCAGAUUCAUCAGCCAGAUCAAUACUACGUUACCGUGCCUCAGAAGUAACCGACACAAGGAGAUCUACACCUGAAUCAGACAUAUACAGUUUUGGAAUCUUGAUGUUGGAGACUCUAACCGGAAGAUCGAGUAUGGAUGAUAGAAAGGAAGGGAUAGAUCUGGUGGUAUGGGUUAAUGACGUUAUUGCAAAACAAUGGACAGGUGAAGUGUUUGAUAUGGAGCUUGUGAAGACUCCUAACAUUGAAUCAAAGUUACUUCAGAUGUUGCAGUUAGGGACAAGUUGUGCGGCUAGGGUUCCGGCGAAGAGACCAGAGAUGGUGAAAGUGAUUGAGACUUUGGAGGAGAUUGAGAGGGACUGAUUAAUACAUUCUAAAUUUUUAGUUUACGGUGUUUGGCAUUAUGAUUUAAAAUGUAUCAUCAGUGGCAGAUAUAUCAAAUUUUAGCGACA